CAACAUCAUUAUCUAAUGACCCAAAACAAUGCGCUAGCGCAGUUUAUAACCGCGUUAAUCUCAGUCACACCUCAGUCACCGCCGCUUGCCCGAGGUGGAAGGUCGUUCAAAAUGUGCAGUUCAUUCCUAGAUUCCGAAGCGAUAUUACUAGGCAACGAGCAAUGGAUACAGCUCGACCAAAAGUGGGGGGAACCAGUAGACUUGGAAACAGAUGAAGAAUUACCAUCACAACUCAAACCGGUCUUCAGCACUUUGGACUUAAUGAAAACUACCUUCGAUUCUUCGUUCAUGUUCAAAAAAGUACGAAGAAAAGUUGGCAGAAGACUUUCAAAAGCGGGAGUGCUGGACUACAAGGACUUUCUGCAGGACCUUCAAGAGAAGAAACAACCAAAGGACUUUUAUUACAUCAAUGGACAGAUUCUAUCAGCAGCAUCAGUGGAAGAGAUUUGCGAUACCAUAGACGACAUCUUCAAAUCAGUCGAGAAGCUGUCUUCAGCGACCAGUACUGUUCGCAAGAAUCCAUUCCCAGACAAGAUCAGCUGCAGCAUUUCCAUCGAUGAUCUCUCCUUUGACGACACUCCAUCUCAAAAGGAAACAAGUGAAGGUGGUGUGGACAGGUUCAUCGACGAAGCGUUUGAGAAACUGAACCAUCUGUCAAAUAUGCCUCUAGAUGAUGAAGCGACAAGGGCAUCGGUGACGACGCUCGUAAGAAGGUUUAGUUCAAUCCUGCGCAGUCCGGGGGUCAACUGCAGUCCCCGUCGACAGCGGCAGUGUUGCAACAACUUCAAAGAAUUAGCUGAGUUUUGGAAAACUCAGGCUUUUAACAAUGAGGAAACAAGACAUUAGUGUUAGGAUUAUAUGAAUAUGUCGGUACUUUUUGUACCACUGUGCUUAGCAAAUAUUGUGCAAAUAAGUGUUAUAUUGUAAGGUAAUUGUGAUUCUUCUUAUCCUACUUGAUUUAGCAAGGAUGAAUGAUGUACAUUAUGGAACGCAAUAAAUAAUUGAGUAUUGAGUAAGUUGUGAAUAAUAUUUAAAGGGAAAUAAUUUUCGUUUUGCAUUGUAUUAUGUUGAAAACUGUUUCGGUAAUAUAAAUAGAUAAUUUAUUGGAAUUAGAUAUUGUGAUAAGUUUCUUAUGAUGUGGGUAGCUUAAUGUUGGUUAGUUGAAAAUUAAAUGUGAAUGUUUGUAAAGUGAGCAUUAUUAAAUAUGAUUAUUUGAA